UUCUAUUUCUCAUGUCAGCUGUAGACACUUUUAUGUAAAAUGAAUUCCAUUGAGAAGUAGGUGCAUGAAAUAUUUCUCGGGAAUGUUUAAACGUCGAUGGGGUCCCAAUCACGGUUACAUGUUUUUUAUAGUUAGCAGCCUUUGUACGAGUACGCACCAGGUAUAAGAGUCAGAGGACCCGCGGCAUCAACACGAGAUUGAAAACAGAACACUUUCUUUUUAUAUUUAUUGAUAUCUGCUAGCGGAGUGUUUUGUGCUUUCUAAACCUAACACUGUAGCAGCCACGGCUUUUUAAAAUUGACCGCAGAGAUGAAGUCCAAGAAAAAGAAGAGGCAGGAUGACUUCCAGAAGGUCAAGUUAAAGGUGGGGAAGACGAAGCCCAAAGCUGAUAACGCCACCAACACCAACUUCCGCUCGAAGGGAAUCCAUCUAACCGAACAGCUGAAGAGAGACCCGAGUUGCCCCACCACGCACAGACAGCUUGGUAUCAACGACCUGCUGUCUCAGCUCCACCAUCACAAUGCCAACGUGAAACAUGGUGCCUUGGUGGGUUUGAGAGAGUUGCUGUCCGUUCAUCCUUCUUUGUUGGAGCAGCAUCUGUCUCGCCUGCUUUCCGAAGUCGCUGCCGUUUUCACGGAUAAGGAUGGCAACGUUCGCGUCGCAUCUACUCGUGUGCUCAGAUUCAUUGCACAGUCUGUGCCUGCAGAACGCGUGGCUCCCUUUUACCCUGUCCUCAGUGCCCAUCUAUCUUGUGCCAUGACCCACAUCGAGGCAAGCAUCCAGGAGGAUGCCAUGAAAGUCCUGGAUGUGUUGCUGGAACACUACCCGGCGUUGCUAGCAGCACAGCCUGCAGUACUCCUCACCAACUUCCUAGAGUUGAUCUCUCACAAACAAGACCGUGGAAAUGCCAAAAAGUCCCAGGAUGCCAAGGGACGGACCUGGGCACUGUCUGUCAACCUUAGCAGGGCCGUGACCAGUCAGCAGUGGCGACUGUCUGUUCUCCUUCGGCUUGGACGCUUUCUGCAGGCAGUAGUUGAGGAAAGACCGGGGGAGGAAAGUGAUAUUUUUAUCCCAACUGAAGGAGCAUUUAGCUUCAGUGGCGAAGGCAGGUUGACACCUCUGUAUCUCAACUGGGAAGAACUCACCUACAGCAAAGUUGGAGUGAAGGUGUAUGAACAUUCUGGGGCCAAACCAACCCCCCAGUCCACAUUUAGACUCAGAGUGGAGGUGAACUCUGGACCCACAGUGGGCGAGGAUCUGGACUCAGCAGAGGCUGUUCAGAGCUUUGCAGCCACACUAGUUCCUCUUCUACUUGAGGUGUGGGUAGAAGCCAGUACCAGUGACUGUCCCUGGAACACCACCGAGGGCGCUCACCUUCUCAGCCCAGAUGCCAUGUCAGUAAUGUUCCAGGUGCUGUCUAUUCUGCAACUGCUAAGAAAACUGGCACCACAGAGGGAGCACCAGGAUGCACUGGAUGCUUGGUUCCACAAAGAAUACCUCAAAGAUUUUAAGCAGCACUUCAUGAAAAACUUUCCCUAUGGUUCCCGGGACACACCAAAACAUAAAAAGAAGGUUGAUCUUAAAAGGAGUAAGCAGACUGCAGCCGUCCCAGGAUUGAUUGUGGAGCCUCUGGCCCUAAACAUCACACUAUGCCAAGUCAUGGUGUCCCUCAGCCAGAAGCAAGUACUCGGUCGAGAGACAGGUGGAGACUGGCUGACACCUUUAAGGACGUUUGUCCGGGACACGCUCAGCAGCGGAGUGAAACUGAGCUACAGGCAGCUCCACAUGCUACUGGGUACCGUGUGGAGGAUGGUGUUCACACAGAGAAGCAAAACAGUGACCGAUGAACUGUUGGCAGCGGUGUAUAUCUACUACCAGCAGAGGCACCUGACUCUACAGACAAGAUCUCUGCUGCUGUCUUUUUACAGCAAGCUCUACCUGCAAGAGCAAGGACAUGCACACAUAGCGAGGAGCAAGGUGUUAUGCCGUUGGUUGGCAUCUCUUCCUGUGCAGUUGUCCCAGCUGGGCCAGCGUAACCCAGCUCUCUCCGCACGACUUAUCCUGUCAAUCCAGGCUGCCGCCUCUCGGAAACACAAAGACCUGCUCAACAGUCUGCAAACACAUGCCUGCAUGCUCUACGAUCCGCAGGAAGGAGUUAUGGUGCUUUUGCCAGCAGAGUCCCAGCAACGAAUGGUGCAGCUGCUCUACUUUCUACCCAAGAUGCCCCCGUCUCUUCUGGCCAAUCUGAGCUACUGCUGCACCGUUGGACGAAUCUCUGCCGCUCUCAGUGCCUCUCUGAUUCGUAUCGUACACUUUCGGUCAUCUUUGAGCGGCUGGUCGGUUGGGAGCCAGGAAGCGGCCCUCCAGGACGCGGACUACAUCAGCUUCUUGUUUUCCACCAUGACGGGAUUCUCGUCCGACAAGCUCGCCGCCCUGCAGGAGGCCGACGACGCCCUUCCUCCCUCCCCUCUCUCCCCCCUCAGCCUGUCCCCCACCUCGCUGGAGCAGUUCACACACCACUGGGACGUCGUUGAGGAAGUCUGCCACUGCCUGGAAACCCUGGGUUCAAAGUCUCAGUGCUUUGACAUCUUCCAAAAUGGCAUUUGCAAAUACCUGACCAAGCUGGGAGUGGUGCCUGACAGUAUGGCGGCCGGGUUGCUCAGAGCCGUGUCCAGAUUACUGGACCUGUCCGUCCUGCCCGUCGAGGCCGUGCUGCGCUUCUUAUCCCAGUGCUGCCUCAGCCUACUGGCUCUGCUCAUCACCCUGGAGCAGGAGUCACCUGCCGAAACCAACCACAAAAGGGAGGCAAUCUGGGGUGCUUGUGUGUCAGCCUUGAGCUCCGUCCCGCGACUCCUCCGACUGGUUCUGCAGUCGAUGCGCGUGGGAGAUUUGAGCGAGGAGGAGCUGCCACAGCUUGGACAGAUCCUGUCGAUGCUGCUGCAGCACACGCCGAUCCACAACCAGCUGAUGGCCAACGCCGCCCUUCUGCAGGAGAUCAUACAGCACCUCACUAGGUACACCCGGGGGACGACCAGGGAGCAGUGGUUGACGGACUUACUCUACUGUUACACUGUCACCGUGGCUCACGGUGCCUCCGCUCGCCGCGGAAACCUGAACCUUCGAGACAUGUACUGACCGCCGAAUCGCCACCUGGUGUGUUUCCCAGUCCCCCCCUCACAAAAAACUGACUAACACUCGCAAAGAAGCAAUGAGAUGCAUACCACAAAACGUUCAGACAGGAAUACAGUCGAUGGACAUGUUUGUUCAUUUUGAGCUCUUUGUUUUGUGUCUUGAGCUGCUUUAUAGCUUCAUUCUUAGUUUGGUGGUUGUUGGUCGUCUUUUUGCCCUUUUCAUACCAUCGUUGCCCGAUGGUGUCCUGUGCGUCUGCCGACGACUUUUGAUACAAAAAGGUUAAAAAAAUAAAAGUUAAUUCAAGUUUG